UCAAUAUGGCUGAUAGCAGAUUAGGACAGUACUGUGAUUAGAAAAAAAAAUGCCAGAAUGGAAUCAAUACUAAGCAAGUCAGCAAACAAGCUUUCCAAAGUGGAAAAUCAGAUUUUGGGAUUUCCUUUAAUCCUGCUUUUGAGAGAUGAUGGUUUUUUUUCCUUCGCAUUUCAAAAAUGUCUUUAUAAAACAAGAGAAUUCUGCAAAGUGGAGAAACAGUCGUUUCUUAAAGUCAGACUUUCCGAGUGGAAGGUAGUCGCCCCUAAAAUGGGUACUGCGGAAACGUAGAAUCCGCUGCUGUGGACUGCAGAUUGUCACUCGCUUACCUGUGUGUCUUCUCUCCAGGACUUAGUAACGGUCAGAGAUUAGAACCUGUCAUAAAUCUGCUACCGAUUUUGUUUGACUGGCGGGAGAAGGGGGUCGAUGGGGCGGGGUGUCGACUACCCUCUCGUAUAUAAAGCAGAUUUCUAGCACCUGCACUGUUGUAACACUAAAUUGACAAAAUAGUACAUAAUAGAAAGAAUCAUACAGGUGUAUUUUUUUGUUUCAAAUUGAACUUUAUGACACAAGUUAAGGGCAUUUAAAAUAUCAUACCUCUACUUUUGUAGAUGAUUUUCUUAACAGUUAUAAGGUCGAUGAUUUCUGAAUUUUUGCCACUAUGAACUACUGCAUGCAAGAGACGUACAAUGUGCAUCACGGCACAGGUAACAGUUACCCUGUGCAGCCUGUCGACUACUGCAUGUAUGCAGAUGAAAGCCAGUGUUACAGCAACUGUGAGCCGCAGGUUCUCCAUAAUAAUGCAUGUAUGGAACAGGCCUGGCUAGUGAAUCAGCCUUAUACCUGUAGUUUCCCUGGAAACGUGUUCAAAAAUGAGUACUGUAGUGUGGACAUGGCCUUGAAUCACUAUCAUCAGACUGAGUGUUUUGCCGAUGGAAAAACGGAUUUCUCCCAAGUUCAGUGGAUGCCAGGUUCACAGAAAAAAGGGUACAUACCCAGCUAUUUGGAUAAAGAUGAGUUGUGUGUAGUUUGUGGUGACAAAGCAACUGGUUACCACUAUCGGUGUAUUACCUGUGAAGGCUGCAAGGGCUUUUUCCGGAGAACAAUUCAGAAAAAUCUUCACCCCACCUAUGCCUGCAAGUAUGAGAGAAAAUGUAUUAUAGACAAAGUAACAAGAAACCAGUGUCAGGAGUGCCGGUUCAAGAAAUGCAUUUCAGUUGGCAUGGCGACAGACUUGGUUUUGGAUGACAGCAAGCGAUUAGCGAAAAGAAAGUUGAUUGAAGAGAAUCGAGAGAGACGACGACGUGAAGAACUUCAGAAGACCAUUUGGAGCAAGCCUGAACCAAGCCAAGAAGAGUGGGAGCUCAUCCGAGUGGUGACAGAGGCACACAUGACCACUAACGCACAGGGAAACCACUGGAAACAAAAAAGAAAAUUCCUGCCAGAAGAUAUUGGUCAGGCUCCAAUCAUGAACGCACCAGAGGGAAGCAAGGUGGACAUAGAAGCCUUUAGCCAGUUUACAAAAAUCAUCACACCUGCCAUCACAAGGGUGGUGGACUUUGCCAAAAAGCUGCCUAUGUUUUGCGAGCUGCCAUGUGAAGACCAGAUAAUCCUUCUCAAGGGCUGCUGCAUGGAAAUUAUGUCCCUCCGCGCAGCUGUACGUUAUGACCCAGAAAGUGAGACAUUAACUCUUAAUGGGGAGAUGGCAGUGACCAGAGGGCAGCUCAAAAAUGGAGGCCUUGGGGUGGUGUCUGAUGCCAUCUUUGACCUUGGGAUGUCACUUUCAUCUUUUAAUCUGGACGACUCAGAGGUUGCACUGCUGCAGGCUGUUAUUUUGAUGUCCUCAGAUCGUCCAGGGCUUUCAAGCGUGGAAAGAAUUGAAAAAUGUCAAGAAGAGUUCCUCCUGGCUUUUGAGCAUUACAUUAACUAUCGCAAGCAUAAUGUCUCUCACUUCUGGCCAAAACUUUUAAUGAAAGUAACAGACCUACGAAUGAUAGGAGCGUGCCAUGCCAGCAGAUUUCUGCAUAUGAAGGUGGAGUGUCCUACAGAGCUCUUCCCACCUCUUUUUCUGGAAGUGUUUGAGGACUGAGAUGUUGUCCAAGAUGGGGUGGAAUUCCUACUCUAGACUUUCUAAAACUGUUUUAGCACUACUGAGCAUAAUUUCAUUCCAUAGCAUAGGAUAGCUUUCUGCCUAGACGUGGAUGAAAACAUUCCUUCAAUGCGGGUACGUGUGAGGUUAAAUUUUAUCCUUUUUUAACAAAUGAUGUAGUUUUUUUUAUGUUAAAAUUGUUCUAGAACAAUUGACAGCACUUAAAAGGUCAUGGGUACCUGCAACAAUUAAGGAAAUUGCAAGAAACACCAACACAGUGCCAGACAUGUUGAGUACACAUCUCCCAAUUUUUUCUUCCUCUGUGUUAGUCAUGCCACUAAAUUUUCUUUUGUUUCGAUUUAAAACAAAACAAAUGUGUUGGUAUGGGAAAAAAAUGAAAAAUUGUUGACACAGAUUACUUCAGUAUGCAUACUAGGUAUGCAAUAAGAAAGCCAAGCCAUACCUGUGUUUUUGGAAAAUUUGAAAUGGCUUUUACUGUACUGGUGUGUACCAAUCAGUCAGGAAAGCUGGCAAGGCUGGCGCGUGCAGCAAUACUAACACUAACACAAGUCCUGGUGCGUGAAUGACAGUAAUGAGCAAAUAUUUGUUAGAGUUUCUUCUAGACAAAUUCAACCUUGUACUAUUUAUUUAUUUAUUCUUUUAUUGGUCAUUUCUUUGGUCUAUAAGCUCAAGAUUGACAUUUUUUUGUAAUUCUCCAAAACUGUGCCAAAAAUGAGGAUGAAGAAGUUAUUUUUCUGAUCUGCCCACUGGUGUGGGGUGUGCUCAUCCUUGCAGUUUAGUCAUUUUUUUUUUAUCUUUUAAUAUCUUAUAUUUGGUGUGACCACAUAGGUAAAGAUUUGGGUUUCUAGCCAGGACAAAAAAAAUGUUUCUUUGUCUAUUGAGUUUCACUGCUGAACACUGGCUGCCAGAAGUACACUACCGGUCACAAGUUUUAGGACACCUCAGUUUUUCCAGUUUACUUUAAAUUUAAUCAGUUGAAAUGCAAUGAAUAAACUAAAAUGGUGAAAAGGUAAGCAGUAAACUGCCAGAGGUUUCAAUUGAAAGUUUAGGUUAGGAGAACAAAAAAGGAUAUAUCAAAAUAUUACAAAUGAGCCUUCUUCAGUGACCAACUAAUAAGUUACAACGUACAGAUAUUCUGCAGCUAUUAAAGUAAACUAAGCCUUCCAAGUUGAAGCAAACAAUUUGCACAGGUGUCCCAACCUCUGUGGAAUACUUAAAACCUUCUGUCAGUCAAAGCAGAGUUGGAAUAGACUGUGUUACUACACCCUCUGAAGUACUACUUGGACAAUAUUACACUGUAGAAAGUUGUAAAUUCCAGUGAUAAUGACAAGGAAACAGCAAUUAACAAAUAAAAUAAGACACCGCAUUAUUACCCUUAGAAGUAUAGGCCUUUUAUUUAAUGAAAUUACAAAAUAAUCAAAGUGUCGGUGAGUACAGCGUCCUACCCAAUCCAAACAAAACUGGAAACUGGAAGAGGCUCUGAUAGAAAGAGAUCUGAGAUCUGGCAGACCCAAAGCCACAACCCAAUGAGAAUACAAGUUUCUGAGGGUCACCAGCCUGCAUGAUAGGCGCCUCAAGCAUAGCUUAACUGUGGUUGAAAAAAGCAAGUCUCAGUUUCUGCUGUGAAGAGGAGACUUAGUGCUGCAGGUUUGACAGGACAAGUGGCAGUAAGAAAGCCAUUCCUUAAAGGCCAAAAUAAGAAAGCCCAAAGCAUAACUCCAGGCUAUGUCAGAACUACAUUAAAAGAGAAAGAGGGUACUCCUCAAAACAUGGACUGGCCAGCUCAGUCUCCAGACUAGUUGGGAAUGAACUGGAUAGCCGGGUGAAAGGAAAGCAAACUACAACUGCAACACAUUUGUGGAAACGUCUACAACUGUGUUGGGAAGAUCUUUCUAACCAAUAUUUGCUUUCCCUUAUAGGAAGACUGCCACUUGUGUUUUAGACUGUUAUAUCAGCAAAAGGUGGCUACUUUGACCACUCAAAAUUUUGAAUAAAUUUUUGUACACUUAAUGAUUCCUUGACUUAUUUUUUAUGUCCAGUGUUUAUUUGUUCUUUGCCUUGAUUGAUAUCAUGAAACAUUAAGACAUUAAUCUGUGUGCAUUUCUAUAAAAACUGAAAAACCUAAGGUGUUCUAAAACGUUUGUCCGGUAGUGUAGUCCAUCAAAGUAAAAACACACCGUGUCCUUUUCUUUUCACAUUGAACAUAUGAAAAUGUUGUGUGUAGCUAAAAUAAUGUCUUUUCAAUAAGUCCUUGGCAUCUCUCAAGCUGUGGAGCACAGGCAGGGAAAGGCUGCCAUGAAACAAAUGCCAAAGCAAGUAAUUGUUGUUACUGGGAAAGUAGGGUGCCAUUGUCAUGUGAUGUGGCCAAGUCCACUAUUACACGUGAAAAUGGGGGGGUGGGAUAUUAUGAAUCUCAGAUGUCACCUUUGGUCUUGGCUUCCACUUGACCAUUUCUACCAGUGUACAGUAGCUUCAGUAACGACCAAUGCCAAGGUCCACUUCUGUUGUUGUAGUGCUACAGAGCGCCUCAUAAUGUACACUUAGUUACGUAAGGCCACCCUGUUGUUUUCUUGACUUUUGCUUCUUUUUUUUUUGGUGUUUAAUUUCUUUUCAAGCUUUAAAACAUAUAGCAACAGUAAGUCUCAACAUUUUUCUCAGAAAUAAAAAUUUGUGCCAUUUUAUAGUGAUGGCGAAGUGUUAUCCUGGACCCAGUGGGGGCCGAAUCAUAUUUCGGUGAUCUGCAUGGUUAGAAAUAUGUUACCUUCUUAAAUGUAAAUGUUCAGGAACUCUUAAUUCAACGUGUCAUACGUUCUUUAAACACAAAUCAUUUUAAUGUCAAAGAAGCAAUGCUGUUUUGGGAGGUGUAACUGAUAGGUAUUUUUUGUCUUUUGAGGUUUAUUUUUGUAGCUUUUGUAUUUACCUGCAUUGGAUCAGAUUGUAUGAACAUGUGAGCUGCGUCUUAUGGCUUCAGCGUUGCACCUUGAUUUCACUACGCACCGAAAAUUAACAGCAUAGCCUACUUGCAGCAUGAAUGCCAAGCCAGUGUUGGCUUUAUAUAAAGCUGAAGUUAGACAUUGUUUUUACUAUUCACUUUUGACCUUCACGUUAACAGUCUGCCCUCCAUGCUUUCUCAUUUCAGAAAUAACAGACAAACAUGAACGAGUGACUACAUAAAGCACCAGCAUACAGCUUUUACAUUUUAAUCCGUUGUUCAUAGCCUUUUGCAAAACAUCAUCCCAAAAUCCUUUUGUUAAGCACCAUCUUCUGUUUCAUGUUAUGUGACAAUGCCUUGUAAAGACAGUAAACUGGACAUAUUUAUUACAUUCUUUCGUUUUUUUUUUCAUCCCACCCUCAUGUUGGCGACUUUACAGAAUAAAGACUUUGAGCGCACAGACAAUCAGAUUGAUAAGCUAAGGACAAGUGCAGGGUUAAAGUUAGCCAUUCACUUCUGUUUUAUAAAUAAAGCAGCAAACAAUAAAAUGAACUAUUAAUGUAAUGCAAAUACUCAAUUGCUGAUUAAAGAGUGUUAUAUAUUUUGCAAAGCUAGUGUUUUAGGAAGCUAUGGUGGGGCAAUAGCAUUUAAGGUAUAUGUGAUUCAAUAAAAUAUAUAUUACACCGUUACAAAGCUAUUUUACCAUACAGAGGAUAAUGGUUUGUAUAUUUUCAGACUGCAGAUGUUAUUUUCUACAGAUACUUUAUGCAUUUAAUGAACUUGUAAACAUUUUACAGAUAAAGCCAAAAAAGAGCAACCUUAACUUUCCAUUAUUUUGUAAUAUGAAUUCUAUACAAAUUGGACACAUGUCCUUCUUUAGUUCGUCCGAUAUUUUGUCUUUCACAAGAAUAUUGCUGGUCUUAUCAGCUACUGUGUGUUUUGCCUGCAGAUAUCAAUGGGUUCAAAUAUGCGACAGCUAUAAAACUAACAGUAAAUGCUGUGUAGAGCAUCUUGUUAGGAAUUGCCGUUCAGUAUUGUACCAUCACACUAAAUACCAUUAUCUUGAGGUAAACCAACAGCCGAUUUCCACAGCGUAAUCCUGGUAUGAGAACGCAUGAGGAUCAUCAGAGAAAUGGGAUGCUCAAGUGGCUCGAUCGCCUUACACAUUACCUGAUAUCCUAACAUGAUAGCCGUAAACCAGAAGAGACAAACUCCUGUUUAGCCAAAUUACAGUCCAAAUAUAUGAGUGUACAGUACAUUGUAAAUGCUCACAGUUUUGUACCAAACCAAAUGUGUUUCACUGGCAUGUUGGUCGGCAUUAUCAAUUAAGAUUGAAAACGGGCAUAUACUUGGUAUGGAGAAUGUGGAAAUCAAUGUAACCCAUGCUGUCAGUGAACAUAUGAGUGAAGAGUUGCACUAUUAACAAUUCGAUGUUUGCACUUAAUGUAAAUUGGCUGUGAAAAUAAAGAUGGGUUGACAAACUCCCUUGAACUUA